CUGGAAGAUGAAGUCGUGGUGCAAGGAGCCAGCUUAGCACAUUCCCUCCAGGAGAAGUAGCGGUGUUUCUCCUCCCUGCUGCCCCUUCAUACUAUGCUGUCUGACGGCUUUACCUCUUGACGCGGAUCGGGACGUUGCGACAGCUGGAUAACACCACCUCGUCUGACCCAGCGAUGGGCGCUAAUGGAUAUCUGAGGGUCUCUGUGCCUUGUUAAGCAUCUGAGGAAAACCCUCCAGCGGCUAGCUAAACAGCGGUUAGCAUUAGCCGGUGAAAAAAAAAAAAAACAUUUCCCCGGAAGGAGGCCGCCGCAGUACCGGGUGGGGAUUUGUAUUUCUUGUCCCACUGAUCCUAAAACAAAGCUGACAUUAACUUUAAACUGAUUUUGUUUCCUGGUAAGAAUGGAGUCCACUUUAAGCAACGAGGAAUGCUUGGCAACUGUGAAAGCUCAGGAGCUGAGGUCUGGCCACAAGGAGCCCAGACUACUGUCACUUAUUGAACGCAAUGGAGACUUUAUAUUGGGUGUUUUGGCCACGCCUGAUGUCGUUGUGUCUGGUCCAGUGGCCCAGUUAUCCAUUCCUAUAAACCAUAAGUUUGAAAUUAUACGAGAAGCUGAAGAGGCUCUUCUUAUCGACUUCUCUGACGAUCCGUCUAUUAAAAUCCGACUAAAAGGAGAAAAGGCUCCAGAGCUGAUGCUUGAACUCCAGGAUGACGAGCGGACUCAGACGUUCUUAACCCAGGUGAAAAGUGCUCAAGAGCGAGUUGCAGCCAAACCAAGUAAACCUAAAGCGAUGGAGCCCCUCACGCCAGCAGCCUACAGAGGCCCCGUCCCCAUACCGCCGCAAAGGCCGACAAAGACCGCUAACAGCUUGGCUAUUGGAGACAAUCAAGCUAAAAGUAUCAAAGCUCCAGUGUCCAACCUCAAUAAUACAGCAGCAAAUCAUAAUUCUACAGAUUAUGCAUAUGUGGACAGUUUAAAGAACACCGUUAAAGUGGAAGAGAAGAAGAAUCAACAGAAUCGCAUUGUUGCCUCCAGGGAGCCGCCUCCUAUCCCGACUCUACCUCCCCGUAAAGCAUCCUUCCCUCCAUCCAACCCUCUUCCUCCUGCACCCAUCCCAAAGGAGUCCUCUGCAGCCCUACAGGCCAGAGGCAGCUCCGUUAUACCCAACACCAAGUCAGAGUUCAAGUCUGAGUUUGGCUACUCAGACAGGCCAACCUCUUGGUGUGAGAGUCCGUCUACCAACAGCAUGAGACAGGCCAUGUUCUCUAGCGAGGCAGGCGAGAGAGAAAACCUCAUUAAACACCGCCUGGGGAAAAAAGAGAAGGAAUAUGUGGACCUCCAGCCCUUCAGUUUCUUUAUCGGUACCUGGAAUGUUAACGGGCAAACUCCAGACAGCAGCCUUGAGCCCUGGCUCUGCUGUGACUCGGAUCCUCCUGAUAUUUAUGCCAUUGGUUUUCAAGAGUUGGACCUGAGCACUGAGGCGUUUCUCUACAUGGACUCGUCCAAAGAGCAGGUGUGGAUAGAAGCUGUGGAGAGAGCAUUGCAUAAAAAAGCUGACUAUAAAAUGAUUCGGACCAUCCGACUUGUUGGGAUGAUGCUUGUGGUCUUUGUCAAAAAGAAGCACAAGAAGCAUAUCAAGGAUUUGGCCACCGAGCAUGUGGGGACAGGAAUCAUGGGGAAAAUGGGGAACAAAGGAGGUGUUGCUGUUAGGUUUGUUUUCCACAACACCAGCUUCUGCUUCGUCAACUCCCAUCUGGCAGCUCACGUCGAAGACUUUGAGCGUCGCAAUCAGGACUACAGAGACAUCUGUGCCCGAAUGUCCUUCCAUUUGCUGGACUACCCCCCUCUGAAUAUCGUCAAACAUGAUGUAGUAAUCUGGCUUGGAGACCUAAAUUACCGUCUCUUCAUGUAUGAUGCAUCAGAAGUCAAAAGGCUCAUUGCUUCGAAUGCGCUGAAGAAGCUGCAGGAGUAUGACCAGCUGAACAUUCAGAGGCAGACCAAAAGAGCCUUUACAGACUUCAUGGAGGGAGAGAUCAACUUCAUUCCCACAUACAAGUAUGACAACAAGACGGACCGAUAUGACUCGAGUGGGAAGUGCCGAAUCCCUGCAUGGUGUGAUAGGAUUCUUUGGAGGGGCAGCAACGUCCAGCAGCUUAAAUACAGAAGUCACAUGGAAAUGAGAACCAGUGACCAUAAGCCUGUCAGCUCACUCUUCAAAAUUGGGGUGAAAGUUGUUGAUGAGAAUCGCCAAAAAAAGGUGUUUGAGGCCAUUGUUCGAGACAUGGAUCGAUUGGAAAACGACUGCCUUCCCUCGGUCUCUCUGAGCAGGUUCGAGUUUACGUUUAAAGAUGUUAAAUUCCGGCAGCUUCAGAAGGAGCGCUUCGUUAUUACAAACGAUGGGCAGGUUCCCUGUCACUUUGCCUUCAUCCCCAAACCAAAUGAUCCAAACUAUUGCAAGCCGUGGCUGCGUGCAGAGCCAAACGAAGGAUUCCUGGAGCCAAGUGAGGUGCUGGAAAUCUAUCUGGAGGUGUACGUCAGUAAAGACUCGGUCACCCUGCUUAACUCUGGACAAGACACUAUUUACGACAUACUGGUGCUCCACUUGGACCGCGGCAAAGACUACUUCAUCACCAUUUCCGGGAACUACCUGUCCAGCUGUUUUGGCACUUCGCUUGAGACUUUGUGUCGCAUAAAGAAGCCGGUCAGAGAGGUCGAGAAUCUCAUCGACCUGGAAAAUUGCAUGAACUUUCUGCUGGUGGAUGGAGGAAGUCCUGAGGAUAAACCUCUGAAGAUUCCUAAGGAGGUUUGGAUCCUGGUUAACCACCUUUUCACCAAAUCCUGCGAUCAGGAGGACUUGUUCCAGACCCCAGGUCUACAGGAGGAGCUCCAGAGCAUCAUUGAUUGUCUGGACACCAGCAUCCCAGAGUAUUUGCCUGGUUGUAACCACUCUGUAGCUGAAGCUCUGCUGAUAUUUCUGGAGGCUUUGCCGGAGCCGGUGGUGUGUUAUGAACUGUACCAGCGGUGCCUUGACAGCUCUCAUGACAGCCGCCUCUGCAAGCAGCUGAUCUCCCAGCUGCCCCGUGCUCAUCGGAACGUGUUUCGCUACUUGGUUUCUUUUCUUAAAGAACUGCUAAGGCACUCAAACAACAACAACCUAACAGCUAGCCUCAUAGCUACCCUCUUUGCCAGCCUCCUCAUCCGACCGCCGCCUAACGUGGCCAGCAGGCAGUCGAGUCAAGACCGACAGAAAGCCAUCAACUUCAUCCUUGGUUUCCUCAUGUCUGGAGACGAGGACUAACAGGGGAGUCCACAUGGCGGAGGGCUGGCUUUGGUGUUUAUGCUCACCUCUGCUUCUUCAGUGCAAUUAUCCCAGACAUGCUUUUUAAUUCUGUCAUCCGUCAGAGACCUGAGCGCUCUCGCUGCACCUUACCUUCCACCAUCCUAGUUAUUAGAGGCGUCAGGGACGUCCCAGAUUUUUAGCAACUAUCAUGUCUUCUUUUCACACACGCUGAUGCCCCGUUAAAAGAUCUGGAUGGAUAGAGAUGGACUGAUGCUAUGCACUUUGCAUUCACUUAAGGAAGUAUUCCCUCAGAAGAGACUGUUUUUUUUUUUUUGAAGGUGCUCAUGCCAAAACCAGUGAGUGGAGUGAAUAUGGAAACACUGUGUGUGUGUGUGUAUAUAUCUAGAAAGACUCACACUAAAGACAGGAAUGCCACUUCCUGAAGUGGUAGAAGUUAAAUACUGCUUUUGUAAGCAUACUGAUGUGUCAUGUCUUUUGAAACGACUCAUUUACUAAGAAUGAUUAUGCUUAAGAUGAGUAAUGACAAUCAUAUGUUGCGUUUUAGCUGAGGAGACAAUAGAAUUUAUUGGCUAACAUCUGUUGUAUUUUAACUGUUAUUUAUAUAUUUGUUCCACAGAGUUUUGCACCAUUUAAACUUUCUCUUUUUUUUGUCUAGUUUUAUUUACUUGUGUGCCGGUAUUACAGAAAGCAUGAGGUUUUGCUUUGUUUUUCUGUAAGCACAGCUGUCCUCAUUACCUUCAGUUCUGUAUUUACAGAGGUUUAUUACACUAAAUUCUUGCCCUUUGAGGCUCCAGGCGUCUCACAAAUGUGUAAAUAGUGAAAGUUUUGUGUUUCAUGAAUGUCUGACAGUCUGGCGGUGAGAUUCUGUGAUGUUGUCUCUUGUGAGCCAUGAGAGUGGUACUGUUUAGAUCCAUGUUUGUUUACAUGUGUCCCCCCGCACGUCUAAAACUGUAGUCGUAUUGAGUGUUUGCCGUGUGAUGCUCUCCUUAGUGCUGCAUAGUUUUCUUGGAGCACAUCUACCAAGAUUUAAUGAUUCAUUGCUCUAUAUUUUUGUACUCUUGUCUCAGCUGUGCCACUGAGUUUUUUUUUUUUUUUUUUAUCUUUUCCUUUUUCCGGUUUCCUGUCUUGCAAAACAUUAUAGAAAUAAGGAAACUUUGCGCCCCCAUGUUUUUUUUUUUUUAGCGUUUCCUUUCCAACGGUUUCUAUCCGCUCAAGUCGGCUACAGUUUUCACAACCAUCACCCUUCAAUCGGUGUCUUGUGUAACUUUACUGAAACUAGAAAGACCCAGUAAGAUGUUGCAGGAAAACUAAACAUAUGAAGCUACUUGGAGAUGAUGUGAACACACUAGGGUGAAAAUGCUGACUUAAAUUAGAAAAAAAAACUAUUGUGACUUUUGCCAAAUUAUGGUUUGUGUUUGGGGAAAGACAAACUGUUUACCCUUUCUGUAGAAAGACGGUUUUCAUCGCAAACAAAACAUGAUCAGAUAUCUCAAAUUUCUAGAUAUAACUGAUGUUAAUCUCCUUUUUAUUUCUUUUAUUUCCUAGGUUUAAGGUACGUUUAACAGCUACUUAAAUAUUUUGGGUACUUUUUAAUUUAUUUAAAAGGAAUAAAACUACAUGAAAAGUU